GGGUCCGGUGGGAACCAGGUGUCAGAGUCGUGUUUGGAGUUACUUUUGAACUGGGAACAUAAUGGGGACUUGCUGGUCAGCAUGGAACGGCAACAGGUGCGUCCUGGGCUAUUCUAGUCUGGGGAUGCAGGGAACAAAGCCAGGACAUUCCAGCGUUCUCGAGAUUUUGGUGUGCCCAACAAAAACAGGUCUGGAGGUCUUAAAACGGAAUGAGAUGCGUUACUUCAGUUUUGAGAGUAUGGGGUUACACCCAAACUCCUCCUCACUGGCUCCCUCGGUACCCACCUCAGCGGGAGGAGGGUCCCUUGGCGAUGGCAAAAGCCGGAUUACUGGUGUUGAUGCAGUCGGUUUGCUGGGAUGCUCCUGCAGGGAGGGGGUGGCCGCCGGACCCCGCUGUUGUCCCCAGCACCCUCGCCGUGUCCCGUCCCCCCGGCGCCGCCGGGCCCUGCUGCCUGGGGGCGCGCUGCCUGCCCGGGCCGGCGCCGGGGGAGGAGGAGGAGGGAAGGGAAGAGGGGGAGGAAGGGAGGAGGAUGCUCCAGUGGGGCUGAGAGGGCGUCCCCAAACGGAGGCGCCUUUGGUGGGUGCAGCCGUGCACGCCGCGCCCGGCUCUGGCGGCGACACCCGGGCCGCUGCUCUCCGGAUCGGGCCCCGGGGAGCGCGGCCGCCCUGGUUCUCCCCUUCUCCGGUGGGUCCGGCCACCCCCUGCACCACCUGUAGCCUCCCCCAUCCCCACCGAGGCCGAGCCGGUGGAGCGGCCACCGCCACCCCGCUCCGCUCCAUCCCCAGCCCGGGCUCGGGCGGUGCGGCCGCAUCGUGCGCAGCGGCGGCGGGCGGGGCGGCGGAGGGGGCGGGAGGCGGAGAGGACCGGCCACCAUUUAAAGCGGUAGCGGCGCGGCGCGGCUCCCCAGUGCCGUGCUGCCGCGGAGCGCGGCGGAGGAGCCGCGGCCAGGGCGGGCGGGAGCGGCCGAACCUCCCCCCCUCCCGGCCCAUCCCGCCCCGCCGGCCCGGCCCCUCCGGGCUGCAUGAAGGCGCUGGGGAGCGCGGGCGGGAGCGCGGGGCAGCGCCCGGGGCAUCGCCCGGGCGGCGGCAGCACCACCAUGGUCCGCCUGGGCAGGCUCCUGCGGCUCCUGACUCUGCUGAAGUUGCCCUGCUGCCUGCUGGAGUUCCUGCUCUCCGAGGCGGCCCAGGGCCAGGAGAUGUACGCGCCCCACUCCAUCCGGCUGGAGGGGGACAUCACCCUGGGCGGCCUUUUCCCCGUCCACGCCAAGGGUCCCCCGGGCGUGCCUUGCGGGGACAUCAAAAAGGAGAACGGCAUCCACAGGCUGGAGGCGAUGCUCUACGCCCUGGACCAGAUCAACAGCGACCCGGACCUGCUGCCCAAUGUCACGCUGGGCGCUCGCAUCCUGGACACCUGCUCCCGAGACACCUACGCGCUGGAGCAGUCCCUCACCUUCGUCCAGGCUCUCAUCCAGAAGGACACCUCCGACGUGAGGUGCACCAACGGGGAGCCGCCCGUCUUCGUCAAGCCGGAAAAAGUAGUUGGAGUGAUCGGGGCGUCGGGAAGUUCGGUGUCCAUUAUGGUGGCCAACAUCCUCCGGCUCUUCCAGGUGGGCUCUGCAUUGCUCAGUCCCUGAAAAUCCCCCAGGAUCGCAAGGACAAGACCAUCGACUUCGAUAAAAUUAUCAAGCAGCUCCUAGAAACCCCCAAUGCCAGGGCCAUCGUUAUUUUUGCCAAUGAUGAGGACAUAAAGCAAAUCCUGGCGGCCGCCAAGCGGGCGGAUCAGGUGGGUCAUUUCCUCUGGGUGGGCUCGGACACGUGGGGCUCCAAGGUGAGCCCCUUGCUGCAGCAGGAGGACGUCGCCGAGGGAGCCAUCACCAUCCUGCCCAAGAGAGCCACCAUCGAGGGGUUUGAUGCCUAUUUCACCUCCCGCACCCUGGAGAACAACAGACGGAACGUGUGGUUUGCAGAGUACUGGGAGGAGAACUUCAACUGCAAGUUGACCAUCAGCGGGUCCAAGAAGGAGGACACGGACCGUAAAUGCACAGGACAGGAGAGAAUCGGCAAAGACUCUCACUACGAGCAGGAGGGGAAGGUGCAGUUUGUGAUCGACGCUGUGUACGCCAUGGCCCACGCGCUGCACCACAUGAACAAGGAUCUCUGUGCCGACUACGCUGGUGUCUGCCCCGACAUGGAGCACGCGGGCGGCAAAAAGCUGCUCAAGUACAUCCGCAGCGUCAACUUCAACGGCAGUGCUGGAACUCCAGUGAUGUUCAACAAAAAUGGUGAUGCGCCUGGGCGCUACGACAUCUUCCAGUUCCACACCACCAACACCAGCACCCCGGGCUACCGCCUCGUCGGCCAGUGGACAGAUGACCUCCAGCUCAACAUCGAGGAGAUGCAGUGGGGCAGAGGCGUGCGCGAGGUCCCGGCCUCGGUCUGCAGCCUGCCCUGCAAGCCGGGGGAGAGGAAGAAGAUGGUGAAGGGGAUGCCGUGCUGCUGGCACUGCGAGCUCUGCGACGGGUACCAGUACCAGGCCGACGAGGUGACCUGCCUGCUCUGCUCCUACAAUGAGCGGCCCAACGAGAACCGCACGGGCUGCCGCUCCAUCCCCAUCGUCAAGCUGGAGUGGCACUCGCCCUGGACUGUCAUACCUGUCUUCUUGGCCAUGCUGGGGAUUAUCGCCACCAUUUUUGUCAUGGCAACGUUCAUCAGGUACAACGACACUCCCAUCGUCCGGGCUUCUGGGAGGGAACUCAGCUAUGUCCUGUUAACCGGGAUAUUUCUCUGCUACAUAAUCACGUUUCUGAUGAUCGCCAAACCAAACGUUGCCGUGUGCUCCUUCCGGCGGAUCUUCUUGGGCCUGGGGAUGUGCAUCAGCUACGCAGCCCUGUUAACUAAAACAAACCGCAUCUACCGCAUAUUUGAACAGGGCAAAAAGUCAGUGACAGCACCCAGGCUUAUAAGCCCCACGUCGCAGCUGGCGAUCACAUCGAGUUUGAUAUCGGUGCAGCUUCUAGGUGUCUUUAUUUGGUUUGCGGUUGACCCACCCAACAUCAUCAUAGAUUAUGAUGAGCAGAAAACUAUGAACCCUGAUCAAGCCAGAGGAGUUCUCAAAUGUGACAUUACGGAUCUACAAAUCAUUUGUUCCUUGGGUUAUAGCAUUCUUCUAAUGGUGACGUGUACUGUGUAUGCCAUCAAGACUCGGGGUGUCCCAGAGAAUUUUAAUGAAGCUAAACCCAUUGGAUUCACUAUGUACACUACCUGUAUAGUAUGGCUUGCCUUCAUUCCAAUAUUUUUUGGCACUGCCCAGUCAGCCGAAAAGCUCUACAUACAAACUACCACACUUACAAUAUCCAUGAACUUAAGUGCUUCGGUGGCGCUGGGGAUGCUGUACAUGCCGAAGGUGUACAUCAUCAUCUUCCACCCCGAGCUCAACGUCCAGAAACGGAAACGCAGCUUCAAGGCCGUGGUGACGGCAGCGACCAUGUCGUCACGGCUCUCGCACAAACCCAGCGACCGACCCAACGGCGAGGCCAAGACAGAGCUGUGCGAGAACGUGGACCCCAACAACUGCAUGCCACCAGUAAGAAAGAGUGUUCAAAAAUCUGUUACUUGGUACACUCUUCCACCUACUGUAUAGCUUUUGCCUGCUUUCCAAAAAGGCCCUGCAGCAAAAAAGAAAUACGUCAGUUAUAACAACCUGGUGAUCUAGCGGGAUUUUGCCGCGUGGGGCGGAGGACGGGCGAGGAUUUCCAUCCAUCCAUCCACCCUCCCCGGGCGGCGGGUGCCACCUCGGCGGGCGAGGGCCCGGCUGCGGGACGGGGAGCGGGACCCGCGCUCCCCAGGCUGCUCCCCAACCUCCAUCGCUCCCGGCAUCGCCGCCUCGGCCCCGCGGGAGCCGCGGGCCCGGCCACGGGAGGAGCGGCCGCCUUUGGCUACGAGGACUUUAUGGGGCUAAUUCUGUCUUUCUAUGUACUUCCAGACUGCAAGUUUUUGAACUUUCUGUACAGUUUGUGAGGGUUUUUUUGCAUAUUGCCAUCCAUGUCGUUUCGAGGUCACUGUUUGUUUUCUGAAUGCAGUUUCAUUGAGGCCCUGUUCUCUCAGACUUAGCGCAUCCGAACAACCACCACACCACCUAAGGAUUUCAAAGACCUAUGUACACGACUUGUAUGAUUACUAUUGUAUCACUGCAAUCCAUAUACGUUAUUUUUUUUACUAAACAAACAAACAAAAGAAUUUAAAGACCAAAAACUGUGCUGGCGAAGUUAGUCCCCCCCACUUCACAACCGCAAUGGGCUGCAGAGGAGGCAGAGAGCAAUUCUGCUGAGUUUUACUACAGGUCUUGAUCUUUGGAAUGCAUGCCAGUAAUGUAUUUUAUGGUACAUGUUAAUAAUUUAUGUUUGAUAUUUGUAUUUGUGUUAUAUUCUGUUAUUUUAUUUAAGGUAUAUGACUAUUUUGCAAUAAUUUCAAGAAUUCUUAUGAUAUUUGGAGGAAAGAAUAUGGCUUUUACAUGUCUUGAGGUUUGUUUUUUUCUUUUCUCUGUUGAUGCCCCACCAUGAUUGACCAGUGUGAUAAGGACUUAAAAAGCAUGUAUGUUUUAUACUGUUUGUAAUAAGUAAUUUCGUUAAUCUUGCUGCUUAUGUGCCAAUUUAGUGAAACCAAUCUUUGCCGCCAACUCCUCCCUCCCUUUCCAUUCUCUUGAUCCUGUGAUAUUAUCCAAGAAUGUAUCAAUAAAGGAUUUUGGUUAACUUUU